AUGGCGGCAUCUUCAUUCGACCCAUUCCCCAGGCUACCAACUGAGCUUCGGCUCCAGAUUUGGAUUACAGCGUGUGUCUCCUACCCGUCGGAUGAUCGUGGAGUACACUAUAUUGAUGUUGAACCCAUUUCUACUGGAAGCAUGCUUUCCUCCUCUCCCACGCUCACGGCGCGUCUUGCCGAUGGAGACAAGAACUCCGCCUGCUUGAGGAAUGGUGGACUAUGGACAGCCUGCAAGGAGUCCCGUGAUGUUAUGAUACAACAUUCAAGAGUCGAUGCCCUAGAUUGUGCGAGAAUUAGUAUUUGUGGGAAUGGAGAGGGCUGGUCCUCUCCUGUUAAUCCGACCCGCGAUAUCUUUUGCGUCAAGUCAAAGGCCUGGAAAACUCCGGACGACCAUGGUCAGGAGUGGGAAAUACUACUUCCAUACUUCAGCCCUAAUGGAUCAUACCCUACGGAUAUCAAGAACGUUGCACUUGAGUUUGACGAAUCUUGGAAUAAAAACCUUCCGAAAAGCUACUAUGAUCUCAUGUCGGAGACUUCUGCCCGCGGAUUUCUGUCACGUCUCCUUCACAACAGAUUCCUCAAUGAUUCAGAUACACCUCAUAUUUGGGUCAUUGUGAAGAAUGGUCAAUGGGUAUUUGAGCCCGGUUUGACCUGUACGCCAAAUCCAUACCGUGAUCACGAUAAAGACUACGUCCCAGCCUGGCCUUACUUUUCAUGCCGUCACUGUCACAGGACCCACGAUUUUGAUGGAGUCUUUAAAAACGUAAAAAUGUUUUUACACACUCUCGAUGAUCUUGACGAGGCCUGUAAAGAGGAUCACCCCGAUUAUAAAGAACGCGAGUACGACGAUGAGUGGUACGGGUCCUGGGAAGAGGCGUUCGACAUAGCAAUGGAUGUCCAAUUCCUUGCUCAUCGGGACAUGCUGAUCGAUCUUUGUACAGGACCAGAACCGGAAUAG